ACAGUUCAUGAGUCGCGCGACAAUGUUGCGAAUUUCUGCUCGGUUUUAUUGCAAAAUUGCAACUCAAUCCAGUUUUAAAGCGGCCGAGUACAAAACCAAAAUAAAAAAAGAUAAAAAACUGAAUUUUACGCAGCUACUGCAUCCGACAAAGGUACCACAGACGCCCAUACCGGCGGCUUUUCCGGACCCCUCCGAAAACGCCAUCGAAAUAGAUACCAAAACAAUUCAAUUGCUAGAGCGUUUAUCGUUGGUGGAUCUGGACAGUGACCAGGCGCUGGCCACGCUCAAAAGCAGUAUACAAUUUGCCGAUAAAAUAGCGCACAUAGAUACGCAAAACGUGCGCCCACUGUACACGGUGCUGGAGAGACAGCAGCUGCAGUUACGCAACGACCAGGUUACAGCGGGCGAUAGCCGAGCAGAGCUGCUGCGCUGCGCCAAGCGGACAGACGAGGAUUACUACGUGUCACCGCCGGGCAACAUACCGCUGGAGCAAUAAUAAGCAUGUCCAAUCGCCUG